AUGUCUGUUUAUGAGAAGAACACUAAAGAGAUAUAUGCAAGGAUGUCAGCAGAAAUUCAACAAGCCGAAGAAAAAUCGAUACGAGAACUUCUCUCUGAGCGUUAUAAGGACUACUUAAACCUUUCAGAUGCGGAUCGAAUUCGCUACGUUAAUUUUUCAAAAGAACUGAGCGCUGCAUUACAUGGUGAUGAUCCAUCAUCCUUAAAAAGGACGAUUGGUAAUCACAUCUUUUCUGAUCCUGAAAAGUUGAUUCACAUGAAAUUACUAACUUUUCCUUUGCCACCAAAUGAAGAAUUAAUGGUGCGCCGGGUAAUGGACAGUUGUCCAUUUAAAGCUCUGUUAAGCUGCUUUGGAGGUUUUGUUUUGGGCGGUAUCUUUGGGUUGUUUUCGGCCAGUGUGGACCCAAUGAGCACAGUACAUGGUGCGGAAAUUCCAACUACUCGUCAAGUUAUGAAGGAAAUGUAUUCCCGUUCAUUAUCACAUGCCAAGAGUUUUGCUAUGAUUGGGACACUUUUCGCUGGUACCGAAUGUGCUCUUGAGAGUUACCGUGGCAAGAGUGAUCUUCUGAAUAGUACAUUGUCAGGUGCAAUCGUCGGUGGUGGGAUAGGUUUUCGAGCUGGUUUACAAGCCGGUCUUUUGGGAGCUGCUGGCUUCUCAAUAUUUUCUACUGCCAUCGAUUACUAUUUUAGACACAAAAACUAG